AUGCCUUUAGCUCAUAAUUUAAAUAAAGUUAACAAGAAAGUGAAUAAGUCUAAUGCUGCCAUUCAUGUCAAAGGUAGAAACUUUAAACGUCUUAAUAGAGCAAGUUUAAGACAAAAAAAAUUGGAAGAUAGAAAAGCUCAACAUCUUGAACAAAAACAAAAUGAAUUACAGAUUGUCAAAUACUUUCAAGAAGAAGUUAACUUAGCUACUGAAAAGGAAGUAUUUGGAUUAAUUGAAAUGAAAGCUUACAUAGAGAAUUUCCUCAAGAGAUAUGACGAAGAGUUAGAUCAAUUGAAGGCUGAAAGAAGAAAAGGUAGACCUCCAACCACCAGACAAUUGUUAUUGGAAGAGAAAGUUAAAUAUGAUGAGAACAUUUACGAAACUGGUAUCAAAAUUCCUGAUGUAAGCGAUGCUGAAACUGUAAGAAUUCUCAGAAGUUGGAAUGGUACUAUUGGUGGUGCUAGUAUCUUAAAGUACAUUCAUAUUUCAAAAGAUAUGCAACAAUUACCUACUAAAGAAUUAGAGAUGUCAUAA